UCAUAAACCGAUCAAGCACGUUGCGUGCUGUCUGCCUUUGCUACGGAAUUAAUCGUGAUUGUGCAAUCAUAAAAAUAGAGAAGGAACCGAAUCGUAAACAGCGCCCUCUUUUGAGAAAAGAUCGCAAAUGAAUAUCAGAAUCUUCACGAAGCAAAACAAGGAAGAGGAGGCUAUCUUGAUGAACCGUAUGUGGACUUCCAUUGGAAAAACUGAAGUCUUCUAAGUUCUUGGUUCGAAUGUAACGAAGGUUUGUCUCUCAUCAGCUCAUAAUUCGCAGCAUUAAGGUUUGGUAUUCAUCAUUCUGCACGGAUUUUAUUACACUGGACAAUUUUUAGCAAUCAGGCGAUGAAGCCUCCUUAUGAUUGGACAUUGGACAGUGGAGGAAAAAAAUAGACCAUGGAGGUAUCGCCGCUAGGCAUCAUCAUCCAGGCCAGUUUGACUUCGCGCAGGUGCCGUGCAAGCGCGAAUAGAUGGAUAUGACCAUGGAGCUAGGAAAUAGACAGGAAGAAAGGUGAAAGGAGGCAGGAUGCCUCCUGGUGAUGCAGAGAUGUCUUCUGAGGAUGAUUCGGGGGCAGAAGAUGAAGGACAAGAUGACAUGCCUGCAUCCAAUCUCCCCCCUGCAGCGUCUGCUGGGUCUGCAUGUAGUAAAAAUCCUGAGCCUGUCCAGUCUACAAAAAGGCCAUCCAGAGUGCAAUCACUACUACAUCGUCUAUUUCGAAGAGGCAGGCAAAGCAAGAAAGAUGAAUGCCCAGACGGUGAAGUGACAUCACAAGAGAAGGUUGAUGACUCAAGUAGAGUGUCUCCUAGACAUCACCAGACACCAGGCGUGUCUCAAGUCAUGUCGUCAGCUAAGAAGCCUUCUUCCAGGUUACAGUCAGUACUGCGAAAGGUCAGGGGGAAGAGAGACUGUCGCAGCGAUAUGCCUCAAGUCAGUGACCAAUGCAAAGUGCCACCUGGAAAUGAUGAACCCAUGAAUCAAGGAGAGGAGCCCAAUAGACUACCGACUACCAAAGAUCUGCUCAAGAGUUCUCAACCAGGACCACCUGAUAGAUUUGGUAUGCCUCAACAUGUUCAAGUGUCUUCAAAACAUGUUUGCCGUGUGGAGAAUGUCAACGUCAGUGGCGAUGAAAACCCAUGUUUCUUUGGACCAAUUAUUGAGCCCACCUUCAACGUCACUGUUGUGUCUGCACCCAAAGACCAAGGGCAAGACAAACCAGUUACAAAACCACCAUACUCUCUUGAAGCUAUCUUGGAAAAUCAGCAUGUCUCACAAGAGGACCCUACCAGAAGGCAGGAUGGUAAAUUGCCAACACCAGAGGUCCUGUCACCAAGUGGUAAGCCCAACACGCAGCCUUUACCUCAUGGAGAAGGCAGUGUAGCUAGCAAGAUACAGGAAGCGGCACUAGCUGAAGCUGCUGCUGAUCAGUGCGAGGCGGCAUUACGAUCCUGGUACACCUCUACGGGCAGCUACGUUCAAAUGAUCCCAUGGGUUGAUGAUGACACAAAGCAUAUUAUGGAUAUCUAUACCAACCUACAGCUAGUAGGUGUUGGCAAAGAAGGGAAGAUCAAGUCAUAUAAGGGGAUAUUUCUAGUUGAAACCAGGGAAGGUGUUGUUAUCAGACGGAUCAUUCUGAAUGGUCUGGCUGGUGUGGGGAAGUCCACCCUAAUUGACAAAGUCACUUACGACUGGGCCAUGAAAUUUGUUCGUGUGUUGCGGAAGUUCAAACUUGUGUUUGCUCUAAAAAUGCACUCACUAGAACAAAGUUCUGAGCUCAUUGAUGCAGUCUUUGCACAGCUCUUGGAUCGAGACACGCCCAUAGAUAGGCAUGCCCUUACAUCUUACAUUAAUGCUAACCCUGAGAAGGUUCUCAUUCUCUUAGAUGGUUUUGAUGAGUUCAUGACCACCAACCUCAAUGAGCAUGCGUUCGGCUCCAUCCUCAAUAUCCUAACCCGCAAGGAAUGCAGAGAUAGUUGUGUGGUUGUCUCAACUCGCUCCUCUCAUUUCAACAGAUUGGCGAACAACUUGUUGGUUCGGAAGCCUUUCACUCAUGUCAAGGUUCUAGGGUUUAGUGCAGAAGAUGUUGAGGAGUAUGUAAGGAAAUUCUACAUUGAUGAAGAGCCUGAGAAAGCUCGGCAGCUUUUUGAGAGGAUUCAGUCUUCUGAUGUGUUACUUGAUCUAGCCAGGAGUCCAAUGCUGCUCCUGUUGAUGUGUGUGUUGUGGAGAGAAGAUUCUUGUCUCCCAGAGACAAUGUUCCGCUUGUACAGUGAGGCACUGAGAUACAUAUUUAAGCGGAAAGCAGACACUUCACCCGAUGAAGUGUCAAGAGUAGUGAUUGAAAUUGGGAAGAUUGCUUUCCAUGGUCUGAUUUCCCCAGUGCAGUUGCUUUCAUUUGAUGAGAGUGAGUUUGAGCGUACUGUGCUGAGCAUGGCGAUUAAAGUAGGUCUUGUCACCAGUCAGAGGGUCUUGGAGGGUUUGAUCAUCCAGAACAGUAUUCAGUUCAUGCACAUGACCUUCCAAGAAUUUUGUGCGGCUCAGUACUUUCAGAGCUUGUUAACAACUGACCCAAAGGAAUUCCAGAAGAUUCUGGAAAAACUAGAGAGAACGAUCAAGAACCACCCAGCUGGUUUCGAGUGUCUUCUUCGCUUUUGUUGUGGCGACAACGAAGCAUGCGCAAAUCAUGUCAUUAAGGUGCUGAGAAAUCCAGCCAGUGACUCGGCAUUGAAACUGGCCUUGGUGUGUUUCUUUGAGAGUCAGUCCAAGAGCUUGCCAUGCCAGAACCUUGUAAAUGAGGUGUUGACCAAGGCAGUGUGCAUUGAAGACUGCAACAGUGAUGGUGUGAAUGCAUACAUGUGGUUUGUGAAACAGAUCAUGGAUCAGUCACAGGGAAGGAGCAAUGCUAUCCUUGGCAGUGUAGAGGAAUUGGCAAUAUGUAGAUGUAACCUGCAGAGAUGGGAUGCAUCGUUGACAUAUUGCAUUCAGGGAUUGACUCAUCUGUCAAUCUUGAUCCUCAAAGCAUGCUCACUUACAGAAGGAAACAUGCAACACAUUGCAUCAUCUCUGGGCAACGCAGCCAACUUGACUGUUCUAGACCUCUCAGGCAACGAGUGUCUGGGUGGCUCAUUGCCUUCUUGGGUCUCUCAUCUGCAGGCACUGAAAAAGUUGGAGAAACUGAAAUUAGAGGACUGUCAUUUGAACCGAAGGGAUGUCCGAUGCCUUGCUGCAACUGUUGGGCAUAUGGGCAAUCUUCAGGAUUGCACUGUUCAAACAGAUGUGCAUCGUCAUUCCCCAAAGGAUGACCUAGUCUGGCCCACUAACCCUCUUGUGAGCAGGACCUGUACAGAAACAAGUGGUAUCAGACUAGAGAUGAUUGAGUGUUCAUUGACAGGCACUGACAUGACAGAUAUUGUCGAGGCAAUGACCAAAAGAAGUGACUUGGCUGAGUUGAUUCUCAGUAGAAAUAAAGGGUUGAGUGGCUCGGCGGCUCUCUGGUUCAAUCCUCUGAAACACCAAAAGUGCCUUGAACAGGUGGUCUUAAGUGACUGUUCUCUGGUAGACACAGACAUUGAACAUAUUGCCGAAUCAGUGAGUGAGAUGCCUGGUAUGGCAGAACUGGAUCUGUCGCAGAAUAACUUGGGUGGAUUGGGUGCUUCCUGGGCCCCCCACAUGCAGGUCAUGAAGCACCUGCAGAAGUUGAGCCUCAAGUAUUGCUCACUUACGGGUGAUGAUGCAAAGCUGCUUGCAAUUUCACUCAGUAGCUUGGCCAACUUUGUUAUGUUGGACCUUUCCUUCAAUGAGUCUUUGGGUGGCUCUGCUGGCAUGUGGGCACCUUACUUUGACCAGAUGAGAUCACUCCAACAGCUCUAUUUGCGUCAGUGUGCACUGACAAGCAAAGAUGUCAAACACAUUGCUGUGCCUCUGAGCAAUAUGGCCAAUUGCAUGGAGUUGCACCUCUCAAGCAACGAGCAAUUGAGCAAGCAUGCAGUCACAUGGGCCCCUCAUGUGAGGUCCAUGCAGCAUCUUAAGAUCCUAGUGUUGUUGGGUUGCAAUCUGAACAAACAAGAUUUGAAGCAUCUUGCUGCAUCCUUCGGUGACAUGCCAAAUCUGGUGGAUUGUUCAGUCAAGAGUGCUUAUUUGAGUGGACGAUUUCUUGUCCAGCCGACUGACACUGGCAUUAGCCUUGACCUUAGUCAGCGUUCCUUAACUGGCAAAGAUCUGGCCAGCAUCCUUGGAGCAGUGAGCAAGAGGAAUGACCUCGUAGAGUUUAUGCUCAGCGGCAAUGAUUCACUAAGUGGCUCAGCAGAGUUGUGGUCCCCAUAUUUGAAGCAGUUAAAACAUCUGGAACGGUUGGAAUUACAUCAUUGUUCUUUGCAACGCACAGAUAUGGAACACAUUGCUGCCAUACUAAAAGACAUGGCAUCUUUGAUCAAGCUAGACCUAUCUCUGAAUGACACUAUGGGAGGCUUGUGCAAAUUGUGGUCACCCCAUCUGAAACAAAUGAAACAUCUGCAAAUGUUGGACUUGAGUUCAUGUGCCUUGACAGGGGAUGACAUAAAGCAUAUCGCAUCGUCAAUGUGUGAUAUACCAAACUUGACAGAGUUGAAACUCUCUCAUAAUGGUCCUCUUGGUGGCACGGUGUCUUCAUGGGCUGCUUCUGUGCAGUUGUUAAGCCACCUUGAAACACUUGAUUUGGAUGACUGUAAUAUCAAAAGACAGAAAUUCAAAUACAUAGCUGCGUCUAUCGGUCAUAUGGCAAACUUGACAAACUGUUCUGUCCGAAGUAAUUACAUGGGUAGCAGGUUCCAGUGUCUCAUUCAGCCAAUCAGUUCUGGCAUACAGGUUUACCUGAGUGAGCGUUCAUUAACGGGAACUGAUUUGGCAGAUAUCUUAGAGGGCUUAGGUGCAAGGGAUGACUUGGUCGAAUUGAGUCUUGUUGGUAACAACGCAUUGGGAAACUCAGCAAUACUGUGGUCCCGUCAGUUGAAGCAGUUGAAGCACCUUGCAGUGUUGGUAUUAAAUCGGUGCUCACUGCGUGGUUCAGACAUUGAACAUAUUGCCUUGUCAUUGAGUGACAUGCCAGCCCUUCGUGUGUUAGAGUUGGCGGGAAAUGCAGCUUUGGGUGGCGUGUGCGGAACAUGGGCUUUGUAUUUACGCCAUGUACAGCACAUUCAGAAGUUGCACCUGGGCUCUUGUUCACUUAAGUUUGAUGAUAUGAAGCACAUUGCCGAGGCAUGUAGUAUGAUGCCCGAACUUUCAGCAUUAGACCUAUCAGGCAAUGAGGCUUUAAGUGGCUGUGCAGUAGUGUGGGCACCGUUCUUGAACCAACUGCAACAGCUCCGCCAACUUGACCUCCAAGAGUGCUCUCUAACAGGUGAAGAUAGGCAGCAUGUGUGCUUGUCCGUGAAUGAUUUUACCAACUGUUCUUAUUGAACUACUGUACUCACGAAAUAUUGCAACUGUAGAAGCAGUAAAUUGUGUCUUCAGUUAGAAUGUUCAAAUACAGAAGACAUGACAGCGUUUCAUCCCUUUUUCAUCUUGCUAUGAAUAGUUCAUUUUGAAAGAAACUGGAAGGCAGUAGCUAGUAGCCACACAGCUGUCUUUGAACAAGACUCUGCUUGCCUAGUUGACCUGGACCCAAAAGAUUGAAGCUGAUGGUCAGUCUAAGUUGGACAGUCUCAGCCAAACAAAUUACUGCAACCUGGGCUGGAGUUGAAAAGUUUCUCCACAGAUACAGUUGCUUGCCGUUGUGUACUGGUAAUUGUUGCCGUAAUUGUGUACUGGUAAAUAUUUCCAGGAAGAGUGCCCCACAUUUUUAAUAUGUAAGAGACAUAUGACUGCUGCACAAUUUGCUUAAUACCAUGAACUACAUGAAGAAAACAUGGGAUUCACAACCACACAGAGUAUAAUGUAUACAAAAUGGCCACAUAGCAGUUAGUAAUGCCUUUAGGCCCUAAAAUAUACAUUUAAGCAGUUUAGGAUAUCACACUAAUCAGAGACUCAGUCAGUCAACUAGUUAGGCAGUGACUGAGUCAGUAACAUGGACAGUAGGCUGGCCCUACUGCAAUAACACAUUAUGUCCUAUGGGAUGUGUGUGUUUUGUAACAUCUUGGGCACAAUUUAUCCAUACAAUUACAUACAAUAUUCCAAAUGAUUGCGUGGUUGGAUCCAUCUUGAUCCUGCGUCAUUUGACUUGUGAGUCGGUCAACGCUCUCCAGUCGGACCUGUCAGCUGUUAGCAUCUGCACGUUGUUCCAGCUGCUGUCCACCAGGUGUAGAUGAAGGUCAUGUUGCAUGGUUGAAUGGUCUCGUGCCAGCUCAUCUGGGCCGGCCUCUCCUUCCCUCUGGGGUCUACCACAACACCUCGUUGGCAAGCCUUGAGGGGGGAAGCCGUGCGAUGUGGCCUAAGCAGUUCAUUCUCCACCUACAUAUCACACUGGACACUGGAGGUUGUUUUGUUCGCUCACAGACUUGUUCGUUGGCGAUGCAGUUGUUCUACCUGAUGCCCAAGAUCUUUUUGAUGCAUCUUGUGUCGAAGGCAUCAAGUGUCUUUUCUUGGUUUGUUUUUCAGCGCCAGGUUUCACAGCUGUAGAGUGAGGUUGGCAAAACAUUAGAGUUGUAGAAACGGAGCUUGGUCUCGAGUGUAAACUUCGCGCUUUCCUUUGGGAGCGAAGUCGGGAUGCCAGACAAAGUAGGGACCGUCUACUACAUAGGAAAAUGCACCUGUAAACAAAGCGUCUCAGGCCUACCUGUCUGUGUUAGUUCAGUUAUGUAUAGGACCAAUGGAUCAUAUACCGAAGGAUCUACAUGUACAUAGAUAAAUCCUCCAGAGUUUAACUUUCUCUAACUUCUCAGUUAUAUGCUUUCUCAAAUAAAGUGCAAUAUAUUUUCUGGUAAUUGAGAAGCAUUUUUUCAUGUUUUUGUGUAAUUGAAAGAUGUUGCAUCUCAUAAGAAGAUAACUGUAUAGUUUCCAGAUGUGUUUUAUAUAUAUGUAUAAAUAAGAUAUUGAGCUGGCAUCUGUAUCGUUUUUGUUUUAAUAUCCAAAGAAGUGAAUACAUCAGUCAACUUUCUUAAAUAACCUACGACAAAUAUUAGUAUUUUUUCUACAUUUUACAAUUCAAUUUGUUAAGCUGCACUAAUACAUACCUUUUCUGCAUUCAUAGGAAUGGGUCACAUCAACGAAACCGUUGUCUAGUUUUCACUUCUGGCUGCUAGUUAAUGUUUUGAGAUUCUCAAAACAUUGAGAAUGUUGUCACUUAAAAAAAAUACAUGUAGAUCAGUUGGUAUGAUCUUGACAACAAAACUGCCAGAAAAAAGUAUAUGAGGUGCUGUUGAGUACAUAAAAUUGUGUCACAAUUUACAAAACAUGAAAAAUGUUAGUACAUGUACCUAUUAAAAGUAUUGAAAUGUCCACAGGACUUUAAAACCAAAAAAAAUUGUUAAGUAAAUGGUGCAAUCAUUAAUUUUGUAUUGAAGUUUACUAAAUUGUUCAGAGAUCUGGCCAGGUUUACUUUCAGUGCUGCAAUAAUUAACCAUUCCAGGAUAUAUGACAAACUGAAGUUAUUUGUAUUUUACGGAAAUAAGCACAUGAUUAGAUUGUGUACUACUAGGGACCUGUGAAGAUCAUGUCACAUGUGAAGCCAUGCUUGUUGGUUGCCGAGAGGUAAAACAGCCAUACAGCAUCACUGAACCUCGCGUUUUUUCCGUUCUUGUACUGUGUAAACUUCAAGUAACUCACCAUAUUUCACGCGAGAUACAUGCAGUGAAGAACUGCGCUGUUGGCGUCUUCCCCCUCAUUGGAAAUCGGCUUCAUUUGACCGCGUGUGCAGAUUAGUAUUAAAGAAUCAUAUGUGACAUGGUCUCUGUUGUUUUUUUUUAUCUGGGAAUUGAAAUUAUUGGCUGCCUGUAAGCACAUUGUAUAUGUCAUCAAAACGUGAAAGUAUUGCCACUUUUCAGAUGUUUUAAGUACACGUAUGUAAUGACUAGUACUAAGUAGGUAACGUUGUUUCUGUUGUGCAUAAAAUAUAGUGUACAUGUAUAUUUGUAUAGCUGGUUAGUUAUGUGCACUUACGUUAUUUCACCUGUGAUUUGUUGUGUGAUUAGUUUUGUAGAUUAUCCUUCGUCUUUUACAGUAAAUUGUUUCGAAGAUUCAUUAGCAUCAAAUAUUUGUAAAAGAAAGCUUACACCAUUGAAUGUUGAAACUAUACUAUUGUGUAUGUAUAACUUAGUUGAAAGAGGCACAUGAAGUGUUUAAAAAGUGGGUGCUAAAAAUUUAGAAAAACGUUUAAUAUUUUUGUGAAGGAUUUUGAGCAACCUGUAUGUUUUAUUUAUUUUAUUUGCAACAGAAAAGUACAUCAACAUCUUUUCUUCUGUGGGAUGUCUGUAAAACAACUUGGUGUCUAAAAUCUCCAUUAAUCCACAAGUCGACUGAUUUUUUUCUUCACAAUUUCGGUCAAGUGACAGUAAACUUAACAGCCAUUAUCAUCUAAUAAGUAUUUUGUGACCAGUACUAUAUUAAUCAAUUCUAAAACUUUCUUAUGAUUGAAUUGAAAUUGAAUUUUCUUUUUUUUUUUAAAUUGUUGCAAUAAGCAUUUAAAUUGGGCAGACUGCAUUUAUUUUUUACCUUAAGCACAGUACUUAUGUUUUUUAAAGUCCGUUUCUUAAAGCAGUCCUGUCGUUGAUGAAAGCUUCACAGCGAAGAAAAAAAAGGAGUUUAAGAGGUUAUUUCCCAUGGACACACCACAAUGUGUAAUUUCAUUGGUCUGAACAAUUGAGUGCGAGUGGGGUCUUUCAAAGUUUUAGCAAAUAACUGAAAUGCCUAGGCCUAUGUUUGCCUGUUUAAAAUAAACGUAUUUUAAUUGCCUUUCCAGCUUUGCGUAUGAAUGCUGCAAGUAAUCUUGUCAAAGUGUUUUUCCCCCUCCUUUUCUUUAAUUCAUAUUUGAAGCCAAAAUAUAGUGCUAUAGAAAUCUGAUUAGUGGACCAUUUGCAGCAGUAUCCAAAAAGUAACCAACUAUCCAAAAGUAACCGACCAAAACUAUUGUUAAGAACCUUACACCACCAUAAUAAUGGGUUUCUAUUUUGCAGAGUCCGACACCCGAAAGGGAAAUCCACUAACUGAAAGGAGUACUUUGCCUAUUGCCACGGGAACAAAUUGAGUUUAGCCAGCCGUCUUGCGUAAAUGUAUUUGUUAACGAGGGACCUUUACUGUUGAAUUAUGUUACCACCUUUUUCUAUUAUCAUUUUGUUUUUCUAUUUAGAAUAACUUGUGAAUGUCCAUCAGUUUUAAAAUCAUGAAUGGUAUUAAAACUGUUAUUGCUGCGAAUCAUGAA